UUGCUGGACAACUUUUGAAAAAUUUGUUUUCUUUAAAUUCCACAGCUUUCGAAUUAUGUCCAAAUGCCUGCUCAUUCUAUUCUUCAACCUUUGCAUUCUACAAAUUGUUAGAACACAAAAUUUUGAAACUGGAGAUAAUUCUACAGUUAGAGGAUGCUCAAAUCGUUGUUCAUACAAGGAUUCUUCUUUGCAAUGUUGGAAUACUUCCCUUUUAUUUUUUGAAAAAAUAUUGCUUGGUCAAAUGAGGAAUUAUGUUGCUGUGCAAAUGAAUAUUGAUCAAUGGGCUAGAAGGCACAAAAAGCCAUAUAUUGAAGAUUUUGCUGGUGCAAAGAAACGUUCAAUUAAAUCAAUGGAAUCCUUUCUUCACGACGGCGAUAUCCUCAAAAAGGAAACAAUUGAAACAAUUGUUGAUGCUUUGGUGGAUUUGGCUGCACAACAAUCGAAUCAUUCUAUGCUUACUUGGAUGACUCAUUUCCAAUGUCCAAUUCCUUGCGAACAUAGAUACACUGUUUGGCGUAAUUUGUUCAUUCUGUCAACAAUUUUGAAUGUUUGCCUAUUUAUUUGUGUUCUUCCACUAGUCAGACGAAUGCAUGGGGGCGAGUCUUCUGAACCUCUUAUUCAUAACAACUAAAACAUUUUCGAUGAAAAUUGUGAAGAUUUUCAAUGUGGCAUUUUUCAAUGGUUUUUCGGUCCUUUUUCCUUCAUAAGCUCAAUUUUAUCUUUAAAAAUAUUUUUGCCUUUUUCGUCCUUUUUUCCAUUUUUGCAAUUUUUUUUUAAUUCUUCUUCUUGUAUG